AUGGGGUUUCUCGACAAAAUAUUCGGUCGAAAAAACUCUCCGCAUGAAGAACUGCCGUCCUCCAUAGGCCCGUUGGGCAUGCCGGGCGACUGGCAGCCAGUGCCUGAGCUAAGCGACGACUUCUCGGGCUCCGCGCUUGACACCACCAAGUGGGAGCCGUUCAACAAGACAUGGAAAGGGCGUGCGCCGGGCUGGUUCAACCCGUCUAAUGUGACGGUCUCGGGCGGCUCGCUGAACCUUUCCAGCCGUGUGGAAGAGGCGCCCGCGGGCUACCCGGAGAAGUUCCACACGUUCUCCACGAGCUUCGUGCGCUCCAAGGCGCGGAUCAAAUACGGGUUCAUCGAGGCGGUGGUGCAGACGGCGGACUCCGUGACCAGCUCAUCGUUCUGGCUCGUGCACAACCAGCAGGAGGAUUGGAACGAGAUCGACGUGUUCGAGUCAAGCCAGGCGGCGGGGCACGAGCGCAAGUUUCACAUGAACAUGCACGUGUUCCGCAAGGACGGCGCCAAGCUGGCGCAGACGUACUCAAAGCCGAAGUGGGUGCAGCUCGAGCGCAGGAUGUGCGAAAAGGCGCUGGUUGUCGCGGUGGCGUGGGAUGAGGAGUACGUGACGUGGCUCGUCGAGGGCAAGGUGGUGCGCAGGGAGAAGAACGAGGCGUGGAAUCAUGAGAUGUGGUUGCAGUUCGACUGCGAGACGAUGGGGGGAUGGUUCGGGCUGCCAGAGGUGGGGGAUGGGAGACUGCCGGCUGUGUUCCGUGUGUUUGCCGUGCGGACGUGGAAGAAGGCGUGA